UGGCUCUUCAAAUGGACCAACUACCUGAAGGGCUACCAGCGCCGCUGGUUCGUGCUCAGCAACGGGCUGCUCAGCUACUACAGUGCACUGUCUUCUUCUGUACAAACCAGCAAAGGAAACAAUGGCAGCUGAAACCAGUGACCAAGUGAUCUGUCAAAUGAAAGAUUACUACAGGUGCAGACUGAACUGCUUUGGCCAUCAAUUGGGAACUUUUGUUUACGACCCACUGCAAUGAUGAUGUUGGACAACUUAGCGAAUCUACGCUGGAAUGUUAAGCACCUGUCCUGCCUCCACCUCCGUUGUUGUUGACUUUGCAUCUAUUGUAAAGCUUGCCAAGAGGAGAAACUGGAGAGGCCUAUUGUGUUGCUUUCUAAAGAGCCAUUUGGACAGAUGGAGCCUAACAUAGGAGAGCUCUUUACUUUAUCAAACCUUAGCUGCUGGGAAUGCCUGUUCCUUUCCUAGAAAUUGCUGCCUACCUGAGGAGAUCAGAGUAACAGCAUCUGAUGAAGACACAGGCUGAAAUGGCUCACACCUGCCGCGGAACCAUCAACUUGUCAACAGCGCACAUUGAUACAGAGGACUCCUGUAACAUCGUACUCUCCAAUGGGGGAAGGACAUACCAUCUAAAGGCAAGCUCCGAAGUGGAGAGGCAACGAUGGGUCACUGCUUUGGAGCUGGCCAAAGCAAAAGCUAUCCGUAUGAGGAACAACCAGUCAGAUGACUCUGGUGAUGAGGAACCAACCUCGCAGUCUGACAAGAGUGAGCUGCACAGCACUCUGAAAAGCCUCGCCAGUAAGCUGGAGGAUCUAAGCACGUGCAAUGACCUUAUUGCCAAGCACGGGGCGGCUCUCCAGAGGUCCCUGAGUGAGCUGGAGAACCUGAAGCUGCCUGCCGAGAGCGGGGAGAAGAUCAAAGCCGUCAAUGAGCGAGCCACCCUCUUCCGGAUCACCUCCAAUGCUAUGAUCAAUGCUUGCCGCGACUUCCUGGAGUUAGCCGAGAGCCACAGUCGGAAAUGGCAGCGGGCUCUACAGUAUGAGCGGGAGCAAAGGAUCUGCCUGGAGGAGACCAUUGAGCAGUUAGCCAAACAGCACAACAGCUUGGAACGGGCCUGCCGGGGAGCCCCCGGCCUGUCCUCGAGCGCCACAGCAGUCAGCAGCACUUCCAAGGGGAGUGUGCCGCCUGCCAAAGGGGAAGCCAGUGAUGAAGAUGAGGAGACAGAGUAUUUUGAUGCCAUGGAGGAUGCACCAGCUUUUAUCACAGUAGCCGCAGACCCCAAACAUCACAGGCGUUCUGGCAGUAACCUGAGCGGGGCCAGCGAGGGGCACCCUGAGGACUGGAACCUGGAGGACAAUGUCUUUGAGAGCGCAAAUAAAACUGGCUACAAUGAAUCAACGGGCAAAGACGUCCUGCCGAAGAAGAGGAGACGAACGCGCAUCCCAGACAAACCCAACUACAGCCUUAACCUCUGGAGCAUAAUGAAAAACUGCAUUGGCAAAGAACUGUCCAAGAUCCCUAUGCCUGUAAACUUCAAUGAGCCACUUUCCAUGCUGCAGAGGCUGACCGAGGACCUGGAAUACCACGAGCUGCUGGACAAAGCUGUGAAGUGCGAGAGCUCCACCGAGCAGAUGUGUUUCGUUGCUGCAUUUUCAGUGUCUUCCUACUCGACGACUGUGCACCGCACUGCGAAGCCGUUCAACCCCCUGCUGGGGGAAACAUACGAACUCGACCGGCUAGAUGAGCUUGGCUUCCGAUCGCUCUGCGAGCAGGUGAGCCAUCACCCACCAGCUGCGGCCCAUCAUGUGUAUUCCAAGCAAGGCUGGACGCUGUGGCAGGAAAUUACAAUUGCCAGCAAGUUCAGGGGCAAAUACCUCUCUAUCAUGCCACUGGGUGCCAUCCAUCUAGAAUUUCACUCCAGCGGGAACCACUAUGUCUGGAGGAAGGUCACCUCCACCGUUCACAACAUCAUUGUGGGCAAGCUCUGGAUCGACCAGUCUGGUGACAUAGAGAUUGUUAACCACAAGUCAAAAGAUAAAUGCCAGCUGAAAUUUACUCCCUACAGCUAUUUCUCCAGAGACGUCCCCCGAAAGGUGACGGGCGUGGUAACGGACGCUGAUGGGAAGGCGCAUUACGCCAUGUCUGGCACGUGGGACGAAAAUAUGGAGUGCUCCAAGAUAGUUCAGAGCAGCCAUGGCAGCACCAGCUCGGAGGGCAAGCAAAAAACCGUCUACCAGACGCUGGCCCCAAAGGUCCUGUGGAAGAAAUAUCCUCUCCCGGAGAAUGCCGAGAACAUGUAUUUUUUCUCUGACCUGGCCCUGACCCUUAACGAGCCUGAGGAGCGAGUGGCCCCCACAGACAGCAGGCUGAGGCCUGACCAGCGGCUGAUGGAGAAUAGCAAGUGGGAUGAGGCCAACGUGGAGAAGCAGAGGCUGGAGGAGAAGCAAAGAGCCGUCCGUCGCAGGCGGGAGGCAGAAGCCGUGGAGGCCUUGGAGGAAGGCAAAGACUAUGAAGGCUACAUCCCGCUGUGGUUUGAGAGAAAGGUGGAUCCCCUGACAGGGGAGCUGAUCUGUGUUUACAAAGGUGGAUACUGGGAAGCCAAGGAGAAACAGGACUGGGAUCUGUGCCCUGAUAUCUUCUGAGCUGCUCCUCCCAUGCCAGGCUGGCAGGCCACAGGAGAGGAGGAAGAGGAGCACCUGGGACGCAUCGGGCAGCAUCCUGCUGUUUAUGUCACAGCGCACAGAAACACACACAGAGUAAAUAAAUACAGAAAUUUAAAAGAAAAUAAAUCAAAACAGGGAUUCCAAACCUAUUUUUUUAUGCACUAAUAAAAUAGCGUUCAGUGUUUUUUUUAACGGUGACAGUUUUUUAGCUACUAAUUAGGAACAAGGACACAUUGAUUUGGUUCAUUUUUAGCCUAGCAUAUUUAUUGCUGUCCGAAGUUGCUGCCUAUAUUUUUUUGAAGCCUCAGCUUUGUUAACUGAGACGUUGACUUCCAAAGAGGCACGCGUUGCGGGGAGACGAUGCACAGCCCUUGGAGCUCUUCCUUCUGACUUUUCCCCCGUUUGCCUAUGGACUUAAUUUUUAAAAAAUCUGCUUGUGGUUCAGGUUCCUUUUUAAAGGCACAAGCAACUCUCAGCUCCCAGUCGUCGCCGAAGCUCUAGGGAGAAGACGACUUUUCUAGAGACGGUAGAUUAGGUGCUUAUUCCUAGGUUCUCCCCAUAGUUCCCAGCAGUGCCCCAUGCUCCCAUAGCUAUGAAUUAGGUUAUUUCUGAAGCUCUUUAGGUGACUUUUAGGGGGAUUGUUUGAGUGGAUUUUUUCCAAUCUGCAAUAUUUAGUUGAUAUUUUUUAGAACCGUCUCUAACAAGAUGCUUUUUGGAUCAUGUUCAUUUUAGUUUUUCCUUUCAACUGUGUCUUACUGGGAAACCGUUCCUUACAGAAAGCAGAAAAGAGGUGAUCUGUCUAGGAAGACUUUUUAAAGCUGCCCUCAGUCAGAGUAGAGUCAGUCUUCGUGGACUAGAGCCAAGACCCUUACUCAGCAGUUCAUAGAUGCCACCAGUGCUCGUCGGGAUCCGUAGCCCACCCAAGCCCAGCUCCUCGAGGCCCCUUCCCCCUCCAUGUCUCACAGUACUAAUUAAUGUUCCCAGCUCUCUUUCCAGGCAGGGUUUGGGCUCUGAGCUGCCCUUUGGCCACCAGGCAAAAAGGUUGAGGCAUGGAUGGUUACUGUCGUAUCGCAGUCAGUGUCAGUCCCCCUAAUGGACAGUUGGAGGUGCAGGGAACAGUGACACUCGUUUAGGCAAGGCAGUAGUAAGGUUCAUGGCGAGCUUGGUGUGAGAGCCCGGAAGUGUAGUCGGAGGCUCUUGAACAAGCAGAUGGCUCCCCUACCCUUUUCAUAGAAUCAUAGAAUAUCAGGGUUGGAAGGGACCUCAGGAGGUCAUCUAGUCCAACCCCCUGCUUGAAGCAGGACCAAUUCCCAGUUAAAUCAUCCCAGCCAGGGCUUUGUCAAGCCUGACCUUAAAAACCUCUAAGGAAGGAGAUUCCACCACCUCCCUAAGUAACCCAUUCCAGUGCUUCACCACCCUCUUAGUGAAAAAGUUUUUCCUAAUAUCCAAUCUAAACCUCCCCCACUGCAACUUGAGACCAUUACUCCUCGUUCUGUCAUCUGCUACCAUUGAGAACAGUCUAGAGCCAUCCUCUUUGGAACCCCCUUUCAGGUAGUUGAAAGCAGCUAUCAAAUCCCCCCUCAUUCUUCUCUUCUGCAGGCUAAACAAUCCCAGCUCCCUCAGCCUCUCCUCAUAACUCAUGUGUUCUAGACCCCCUAAUCAUUUUUGUUGCCCUUCGCUGGACUCUCUCCAAUUUAUCCACAUCCUUCUUGUAGCGUGGGGCCCAAAACUGGACACAGUACUCCAGAUGAGGCCUCACCAACGUCAAAUAGAGGGGAACGAUCACGUCCCUUGAUCUGCUCGCUAUGCCCCUACUUAUACAUCCCAAAAUGCCAUUGGCCUUCUUGGCAACAAGGGCACACUGCUGACUCAUAUCCAGCUUCUCGUCCACUGUCACCCCUAGGUCCUUUUCCGCAGAACUGCUGCCUAGCCAUUCGGUCCCUAGUCUGUAGCUGUGCAUUGGGUUCUUCCGUCCUAAGUGCAGGACCCUGCACUUAUCCUUAUUGAACCUCAUCAGAUUUCUUUUGGCCCAAUCCUCCAAUUUGUCUAGGUCCUUCUGUAUCCUGUCCCUCCCCUCCAGCGUAUCUACCACUCCUCCCAGUUUAGUAUCAUCCGCAAAUUUGCUGAGGGUGCUAUCCACACCAUCCUCCAGAUCAUUUAUGAAGAUAUUGAACAAAACCGGCCCCAGGACCGACCCUUGGGGCACUCCACUUGAUACCGGCUGCCAACUAGACAUGGAGCCAUUGAUCACUACCCGUUGAGCCCGACAAUCUAGCCAGCUUUCUACCCACCUUAUAGUGCAUUCAUCCAGCCCAUACUUCCUUACUUCAGGUUCCUUUUCCUUUCCCCCAUUCCCUUGGCUUCCUUCCACUUCCACCCCAUCCUCCUGCUAUCUCCUUGGCGAUCUUUCUCUUGUGCCCACCCCCAAUCUGGUGUCCUCUCCUUAGGCUCUACUCCCCUCCCCCAGCCUGGGCCACUGACUUCAGUGUGCAGGGUGGGUUGGGGAGCAGAGCAUGGGGGGCUCAGCAGAGGAGCAGGAGGAGAGAUGUAGUUAUCUGGCAGGAUGCCCCAGCUCCAGCACAGGGACCCCUGAGUGAGGCUGGCUCUGUGUUAUGCCUGGCUACAAGUCACUCUAGCUCAGUCACAUGUGACUCGUGGAUCCCAGUUCCCACUCCCCUGAUGCACAGAUGGGCCAGAUCCAAGAUCCCCAAACGCAGCUGGAGGGAUGCAGGAUUCCAGCAUGGCUCCCGUGACUAUAAUGGGUUGCUCCAGAGCCUAGCUCUGAGCACUAACCCCCAAACACCAUUAAAUCACCCUGCAGUCAAAGGGGAGAGAUGCCCCAGGAGCUCUGCUCACAGACACACACACACACACACCCCCGCCGCUGGGCCCUGGGCGGUGUCCCACCUCUGGCAGGACUGAGCCUACUUGCUGAGCUCUGUCACAGGUGCAUGGGAAAAGCCCAGAGACUUUUGGGCAGAAGGGGGUGAGGGCAGCCUGUUCCUGCACUGCAGAGGGUGUUUGGGGCUCGCAUCAGCUGCUGGAAAUGGGGCACAACAUUGUAAUGGCCCAGUAGAAAGCUGAGUGCACUGUGGGCCACUGGCCCCACUCUGCCCUAGGGCCCUCCCUUGGUUCCCUGCAGGAAGGUGGCAGGCAAUGGUUUGCUUUCCGUGCUGUGUGCAGGCACCAGUCCUGGACUGUCACUGGCUGCUCCAGCUCAGCCCGUGCUGCAGGGCUCAUUUAGAUCCAUGCACUACUGCAGACACUCCCCUCCCCCCCACCGCAGGGCUGGACGAGCAGCAGGCUUCCCUAGACCGUUGCUGCUGAGUGGCAGAUAGCAACCCCUCUCCUCCUCACGUCCCUUCCUGAUGCUAAAAAGCCCUCGCUGCUGGGGUUUCACGCGGUGACCAAAGUAUCCCUCCCUGGGCAGUGGGUGGCCGUGAACCCAACAGACUUUGGCACAUGGACUCGCUCCCUUCCAGUCCCCUGGCUCUGGACCACCCCACAUUGAAACAUUAGAACAGUAGGGCAAUCCCCUUCCAUGGGGCUCCUGCUGUCGCCAUUAUUAGGAAUGUCCCAUCACUGAACAUCCACUGAGCCCGCGCAGCAAACAUUACAGCAAACAUCGGGCCACAUUCACCUCUUGGGCUGUGAUGCCAGUGGAAGUAGUGUCUGUCCUGAAACAGCUCUGCUCCUUGAUCUCCUGCUUUCUGUACCUCCCUUUCCAAGUGGCCCCCUGUUGCGUGGGGCCAGAGGCCCGUGCACUUCUGCUGCUUCCUCCCCACCGGAGCAGUCUCCUUGCUGGGAUACUGAGUGCUCCGGAGAUGCCCGGAAAGGAUGAGCAAGCCUUCCAGGUGAUAAAUGAGCAGCAAGAGAAGGCGACUCACUCACACAUCCUGCUCUGGUGUAUACACGUCUGGUAACUGAACUGCAGGGUGUCCCGCAAGAGCUCUGUCUGCGCUGGCAUUUGGGAAUGGAAGUGCGGAUCUGCACACUGAUGAGCCCUGCCGAGCAUCCUGGGCUUGAGAGGGAGCUAUGUGUGAGCUUUCAGGAGGGCUAGAGGCAGGGUUCUGCCUUGUGUGCUUUCAUUUCUGAUGUCUUCUGCUCUGGCUUUCCACCAUGUCACACCAACCACUCUGCUCGUGUGGGUCAAAGGCCAUGCUGGGACAGCUGGGGACAGCCCACACCCAUGGGGGAAGAAAAGUAGCAAUAAUGAACUUCAAGGCACUGGUAACUGAAAACCCAGACUGCACAAGGGGCUCGUAUGCAAUCAGGUUCCGAAGACCAUCAGUCUCCAGGUCAGCCCUCUCAUCCAGCACCCACGGACUAUGAUUUACAACACAUGUAUGUGUACAGUAUAUAUACAACUUGUACAAUGUAACAUUAGUGAGUGUCUAUCAGUGUGGUAACAGCUGAUUUCCGCGUAUCCUUUAAUCUUUUAUUUGCUUCUAAUUUAUAUAUAAAUAUAUAUAAAAUUAUUUUGCUUAAAUUUAUAUGGUACAUAAUAGAUGAAAAAUAAUGAAGACAGAUACGGCUGUCUGAGGUUUUGUAGUACAACCUGUAUGGUACAUUUCAGGGUAUCUUUCAGGUAGGCUUGUUCUAAAAUGAGCAGGGAGAGAGAGGUUUAAGGUAAUUGCUUAAUUAGCUAAGUAACAAUUGCUCCAAAGCCGAAUGCUUUCACAUUCAAAAGGUGUUAAUUAGAAAAGAUCAUUCCCUUUUAGAAAACAAGGCAUUUCAGCUUUCUAAGGCCUGGUCUACACUACAGAGCUAGGUCGAGAUAAGGCAGCUUACAUUAACCUAACUCUGUAAGCGACUCCACUAAAAGGUAGCUCCCACCCAUGUAACUCGCCCACGACACCGACUUAAUAACUCCACCGCUGUGAGAGGCGUAGCGCUUAGGACCACGGAGUUAGGUCGAUGCAGUGUCAGUGUAGACAUCGACUGUUACCAUGGGCGGCGAGUUCUAUGGGCCCGUGGUGCCCAGGCACCACCGGCCCAGCUCCAGCACUGGUCUCUCCCUCGGGCCUGCCUACUGCCCCCGUGUCCCCCGGACCAUUUCAAACAGCCCGGGGCCCCCACUCACCACCGGCAGCACAGUGGAGCUGAGCAGCUUCCUGCCUGCUCGCUCCACGUGGCUGCCGGCCCCACCCUGUGGCUCCUUGGCGGGGUGGGUCUGUGUCCUGCCCCAAGCACUCCUGCGGCCAAUAGGAAGCUGCAGGGGCAGUGCCUGGGGGUAGCAGCGCACGGAGACCUCCCGGCCCGCUCUGCCUAGGAGCCCCAGGUAAGCACCGCACCCCCCAUUACCACCUCCUGCACCCCCACCCCUUUCCCACACACACACCCCCUCUGGCCCGCAGACUCCCUCCCAGAGCCUGCACCCCUCACCCCCUCGUACACCCUCACCCCUUGCCCCAGCCCAGAGCCUACACCCAGCACACAAACUCCAUCCCAGAGCCUGCACCUCAGACCCUCCUCUCCCACCCAAACUCCCUCCCAGAGCCCAACCUCUCACCCAUCCUGCACCCCAAUCCCCUGCCCCAGCCCAGGGUCUGCGCCCCAGACCUCCUCCCCCCACCCACACUCCCUCCCAGAGCCUUAGGUAGGUGGGGGGUGGAGUUGGGGGCGAGCUCUGGGCAUUCUGGGCACCACCAAAAUUUCUACAAACCUGCUGCCCCUGGCUGUUUCUGCCUGUCAGAAGCCAUCCCUCAAUGCCCCACACUGACAGUGAAAUCAGUGCAAGUGCUUCUGGUGAGGACGCACACCACCGACAGGAGCGUAGUGUGGAUGUGCAAAAGGGAUUUAAUUACUGCAGUGGCUGUAUGUCGACGUAACUUAGGUCGACUUAAUUUUGUAGUGUAAACUUGCCCCACAGGAAGGCUGUCAGUAUUCCAGCUAGUUGCCAUGUUCGAAAUUCAAUGCGGUGUUCUCCUCUUCUCUACUUGAGCAGACUGGCACUCGGGUCCCACGGUCAGCCAGUGCAGGCUGGCUGUGUGGGUUGCCGGGGACCCAAUAAAGCAGGGGAAUCUCUCCCUUUUUUGAACUGCUGGGUUGAUAACACUGAGCCGCUUGGAUCCAGCCUGCCGGGCGACUAUUGCAUAUUCCAUCAUGGAGGCAUUUAGACCCUAACUCCUUUUGAGACAGACUUUACGUAACUGUGGGAGCACAGAAGGUUCUCUGCUCCAAAGCUCUUCAGUCAUACCUUUCUUUGUUUGAUUUAUAACAACAUUACAUUGGGGGGGCGGUCCCACUCAAGUUCUGAUUCAGGUUCAUAAAAGGGAGUCGAAAUAUAGCUCUUUAAAAUGCCUUAUUUUUCCUUGCGUAUUUUGUCCCAACAAGUGUUAGCCCAGAGCUUGGAACAAUAAGAGAUUCCUACAUCUGCUGUCACUAAAACAGGACCCGUGUGCUGUUGCAGCUAACCAAAGUGCAGAGUGAAAUUAAGUGUUGGCACCUAAAUGCCCAGCUUUGCUGGUCUCUGGGGCAGCAAUUAGUCCUUGCUGAUCUACCUUCAGUAAACGCAUUUGUGUAGAAGCCUCAUACCCAGACACUACAGAAUAGCAGAGCUAAAGAGGGGAAUAUUAGGAAUACACCCGAAACACCCAGUCAUUUUUAGGACAGCUAAUUUUAAAAGCAAACUACUUCUCUGACACAGUUCCUUUAGUGACAACACUUAAUCUGAGCACUGUCCUGGUCUUUCUGUUUUCCCACCAGAGGAUUUUAAUGUCAUUCUACUGUAAAUGCUGUUGAAUGUAAUUCUUUGGAACAAUAUAUUGUGUGAUCCCUCUUCUCCUACACAGGAAUAAAACUUGGAUUCAGGAGUUUUAAAAUGCA